AUGACAUUAAAAAUACUCGAUAGUAACUUCAAUGAUAAUUCAGAAAUUUGCAAACAGACAAGUGCAGAAGUAUCGCCAAGAACUGCUCAUCAACAACAAUCAAGUACUGUUGUACUUGACUCAUCAGCUGUUCGAAAACCAACCGAUGUAAAUUCAAGCACAUAUCCAGGCAUUAUUCGGCGCGUUGAUGAUAAUCAAAAUUCGAAAGCAUCGCUAUCCGUUCGAUAUAGAAAUAAUUCAAAUCCGAAUUCAUUUUCGACAGCUAAUAUUACAAGAUCUAAUUUAGCUACAAUUAUGGAUGUCGAUCAACCGAAGCAAAAUAAAUUUAAAGAAAUAUUUGAUCAAUCUACGAUUGAUCUUGAAAAACUACGUAAAGCCAGUUGGAAUGGAAUUUCCAAACGAUAUCGUGCACAAGCAUGGAAAUUACUUUGUGGUUAUCUACCACCAAAAGUCGAACGGCAAGAAGAUACAUUAACAAGAAAACGUGAUGAAUAUUGGUCAUACGUCAGUCAAUAUUAUCAUACACGUACUGAUAAGGAGCAUCAAGAUACAUUUAGACAGAUCCAUAUAGACAUUCCCCGAAUGUCUCCAUUAAUGGCAAUAUUCCAACAAGUUGUUGUUCAGGAACUCUUUGAACGUAUUUUAUUUAUUUGGGCUAUUCGUCAUCCAGCUAGUGGCUAUGUUCAAGGUAUCAACGAUCUUUUAUUACCGUUUUUUGCUGUUUUUCUCGUCGAAUUCAUCGAUAAUGAUGUUGAUAUUGAACAUUUUAAUAUUGAUUCGUUAUCGGAAUCAAAUCGACGUAUUAUCGAAGCAGAUAGCUAUUGGGCUACAUCCUAUUUACUUGAAGGUAUUCAAGAUAAUUAUACAUUUGCUCAACCUGGUAUUCAAUAUAAAGUUCGAACAUUAGAAGAACUUAUUAAACGUAUUGAUGAACCACUUUAUCGACACUUAAAAAAUCAAAAUAUCGAGUUUUUACAAUUUGCUUUUCGUUGGAUGAACAAUUUGCUCAUGAGAGAACUACCUGUUAGAUGUACUAUUCGUCUUUGGGAUACUUAUCUUGCUGAACAAGAUGGUUUUUCUCACUUUCAUUUGUAUAUAUGUGCAGCGUUUCUUAUCCGUUUUUCAAAAGAUCUUUUACGAGAAAAAGAUUUCCAUGGCCUAUUGCUUCUUCUUCAAAAUUUACCUACACAAUCAUGGACAAGUAAUGAUAUUAGUAUAUUAACGGCUGAAGCAUAUCAAUUAAAGGUUAUGUUUGCCAAUGCUCCACGACAUUUAUCAAAUUCAUGA